UGUCAGCAUAGGCACUGCUUAGCUUGUACAUAUUGUAAAACUUACAUGUGAUUUUUUUAAAAAACUCCCUGGCUUUAACUCUUAAGGAUUAUAAAUUACGUUCUUUAACACUGUACAUAACAUGGGAUGCUUAGGAUCGAAGGAAGAUAAGGAUUCUAACGGAGAGAAAACCGAGGAAAAACCAACUUACAGCUGGUAAGCUUGCCUCCUGAUCUAUCGAUCGGAAUCUGAAAACGCUUGCUCUCACCGUCUACUUCCUUAAACAAAUCUUUUACAGUGUGAUUUAAAAAAAGAGAGAAAGAUAGGUGACAAGAUCAAAGGAAAUUCACGCAAAAGCUGUUUUAAAACUUUCCUUACGAUCUUUCCAGUUCUUGCUGUCACCAGGUGAUAGCACAGGCAACCCAAGGUUGGAGAGUCGAUAAUCUACAAGUUGACCCACAUAUGUUAAGAAAGGCUAUCAUAAUUUAAAAAUGGACUGUUUGAUUUCCAAACGUCAUCACUUUUAAGUGCAAGUUUAAAAAUUCACUUACGUUUAACCUAAAUUUAGGUUAGGGUUGAAAAAGGUGUCAGCUUGAGUAACCAACACUUCACCCAAGUAGAUGGGUCAAAAGAGUCCUUUAUAGCUACUCUCUUUUGUUUUUUUAAUAUUUCAAGUUUUCGUUGACCCAUGGCAUCAUCUGAAGGAGUGUUGGUACUGUGGAUCAGAAAAAGCUCAAAAGUAUGUAACAAAAAUAAUAGAAAGUAGGUUGAGUUUGAUUGUCCGGGUGAAUGUAGUCCUGAAUAGGACUGUUGUUGUUGACAGUUAAAAUAAUAGAGCAGCUAAGGCCUCAAGAUUGUGCUACUGGCCAACAAUUUAAACAAUUUUAUGCAUGUUUCAUCUGAAUUCACAAAGCACUACCGAUUUGCAUUGUGAGGUUUGCAAGCAUGCAAAACACUUAUUAGGGAAAAAAGAGAGAGACAGUUAAACUUGUAUAUAAAAUGAAAUCAAUUACAGGGACAAAAGAGCCAAAUUGGAUCCAAAAGACUACUCUAUCAGUAAUGUAACAGGAGAAACAGUUGGGAAACUGCCAGGAGAAAUAAAUGGACAGCAAUUUAUUAUCCAGAAUUGCCAGGUAUUUUGAAAAUUUAAAAUACUGUAAUACAUGUAUACUUACCAAAAAGGUAACAGCGCUUUUUUACCCCUCCACCCUACAAUUUGUAUCAAAAUCUCUUUCUUUAUUGACACAACUGUUAUGUUAUGUAAACGCGCUUCCUAUAACCGUGGAAACCCAGCAUCGUUUACCCUAGAAAAAACAUUACAUUAAUAAUGUUUAGUACAUGUUUUUGCAGGGCUGCAACAUUUUUAUCUUGGAUCACACAGACUCUGUAACAAUUGAUGAUUGCAUCAACUGCCGUAUUGUCCUUGGGCCAUGUGGAGGAAGGUUAGUUAGUGUAUUCUUUUGAGUUAUUAAACCUUAAUGGUCAUGCUGUAAUAUGGUUGAUCAAUGCAAGUACAGUGUGCACUACUGUUUGAAAAGAGAGUAGGAUGUUUCUUGAUUGGAAUGGUUUGUCUGACUGAUAUCAUUUCACUCAUUGCACACAGUUUCCACUUCAGGUGUCUUACAGUAAACCCUUACUUACAUGUAAGUUGACUUAUUGUGGCCGCCAGUGAAGCCUUCUGUGAUGAUGUCCAAACAUACUGCAGGUCUACACUGCACAUGCCCAGCUCUCACCUGUGACAGAACUCUUUUCUCUUUUGCAUUAUAAGGAGUAAUCAAGUUUGUCGUCAGUCACUAAUGAUCAGAGCUACAUGUAUUAUUCAUACCAUCGCCAGUCAAAUAUUUUCUAAGUACAUGUAAUUGUUAGUAUUUUAAUUAUUACAGCUGAGGCACAUCCAACUAUUCUGCCUCCCAUAGCAUCACAGUAUCCUCUAUUAGACAUAAACAAGGAAUCAUGCAUGUAAUUCAGUUUUGCUUCUUUGCUUCUUGUCUUAAGUUCAGCCUUCAUUAGAAGCCCAGUUUGUGUACUACAAAAGUUAUUUACAGCGUAUUGUUAUGUUUUAUUGUUGUUGCAGUGUGUUUUUUAGGGAUUGCAAAGACUGCAAAGUUGUGGUAGCCUGCCAGCAGUUCAGGUGUGUUUGCUUAAUUGACAUUUCUAAUGCAUGUAUGAAAUUUUUUUGGUGUUCUUCACUGGAUCCUGUGGUAAUGCAUUCAUUCAGUUCUAAUACAUGUAGUGAAUCUCUUUGUGGUGCUGCCUGUAAAAAUGAAAAAGGAGUAAAAUUUACACCAAGGAGCACCAUAUUUUGAUGAGUCACUAUAACAAACUAUAAUCUAUUCCACUUCUUAGAACUCGUGAUUGUAAGAAGAUGGACUUCUUUUUAUGUUGUGCUACUCAACCCAUUAUUGAGUCAUCAAGUGGAAUGAAAUUUGCUUGCUAUCAGUAUUUUUACCCUGAACUUGAAGGUAAGAAAAUUACCAUUGGGUUGAACUGGCUGAAGUACCAGUAUACAGACAUGAUUUUAGAUAGUUAUCAUCAACAUUCAAAUUAUUAUUUUUAUGUUACUUGUCCUUGAUGUGUACAAGUACAUUGCCCAGGGGCACCCAACGUCAAUUUUCGGAAAAUAUCUGUUCGGAAUGCGAUUUGAGAUCGAGAAUUUUCAGAACAUUUGUUGUAAAAUUUCUUGCUUGCCUACCUCUCCUAGGAUUUUGAAUCAUCUAAAAAAUGGUAUAAUUGACCAUUUUUAACGGAUUUUUACCCUAAAAAGGUUGCCUAGAAUUUUCGGGAGCCUUUUUUCUGGCUGAAAUUUUCUAAAGGGUAAUUUUUGAUCCCUAUAAUUUUCAGAUCACUAGACUUUCAGCUAGGAAAUCCAAACAGAUGAAAAAUUUUUAGGGGAUUAAAAUAUGCAUAUAUCUACCAUUUAAAUACUAAAAUACGUUUAACAAUGCUAUGUUUAAGUGAGUUUGAACUAUGCUCUCGUUGGGUGCCCCUGAUUGAAUUUGAUUGUUAUAAGUAUUUUAUUUACAUGCAGCAUUGGUCUUCAGUUAGAUAGUGUGUAAUCAAAUAAAUGGUGACAAGUGAAAUUAGGUUGUACAGUGGAACCUUGAUGAAGGGCCAAGGGACUGGCAAUUAAUUUGAUUGCUAUAAUGAGAUUUCAUUAAAAUAUGUUAAACUGAGGUUGCAAUGUAAUUCCACAUGAAAAUUCUUUGACAUUUCCACUUCACUUUAUAACACUCAAGGAAUCUUUUAAACCUGGAUGCCAUAUUGAGAUAUACAGAACAUUGCCAUAGCAAUAAUAAUUAGUAUAUAUAAAUUUCAUAUGUGAAAUUAUUAGUUAAUGCUGAAAACACUUGUAGUAAGCAGACAGUUCUACUUUUUCUCAAGGUCUGCCCUACCAGCUUCUGUAUUAAUCAUACAUUUGAGAAGUGAUGCAUUUAGUGAAAAGGACAGACAACCAUUUUAUACAAUACAUACAUUGUGCUCAACUUUAUAAUAAUUAAAUACUGCGUAGGCCAAAAAAAUCAUUUCUUUGUUCAUUACUGCUUGGAAACUUUAAUAAACUUUGUUUAAUGUACGUUAAACUGCUCAAAUUAGUGUCCUCCUUCAAAUAUGUACCCCUAGAAAAUACCACCUCUCUGGAGGUUAAAAGUAAGUGCCCUGUUCAAUUAAGUACCCCACCAACCCUCCCUCAAGAAAUAAAAAAUCACCAAAUACACAUGUAUGGUGUACAUGGAGAAGGAUUAAGAGGACCUUAGAAGAUCAGGACUUUAAGAGCAACCAUACAUAGAUUUGUGUUUCUUUUUAUACAAAAUGCAAAUAUGUUCUAUAGUUUACUGUUACAGUGUGCAUUUUAUUUUAAGUUAAAAAUUUGAAAAACCAUGAUAAUUGACUCCCUUCAAAUAAGUGCCCCCUCCCCUUCCAAAGUAGCACUACUGUACCCUCCUUUCGACCCAGGUACUAAUUUUGGAAUAAUUUUACAGUGUAUGGUAAUUUUAACAAGGAGCUUUCGCUUCUCCCUCCUCCACCACACCACCAGAUUGGACAGAUCUGGCAGAAAAGACAAUAAUUAUAACUAACCAAAGAGGAAUUUAUUUUUCAGGUCAGUUCGAUGCAGCAAGGUUAAGCAUAUUUAAUAAUAAUUGGAGUAAACUUUAUGACUUUACACCUGCCGCUGGGGAAACCACGUGGAGCUUGUUACCAGAGGUAUUUAAGAAAACAUAAAUGGUGAAUUAUGAUAAUGCAAUUACAAUAUUACCUACUUUAUCAUUAAUUCUUGGGUAAAAAUGACAUUUUCUUGUUAAAAUUGAUUUCCUUCCUCUAUGGUGGCCGAGAACUGCCAAUCAAGAAAUUAAUCGAGAAAUCCACAUUUUGAAGGAAUUAUUAUUUUUUAUUUCUAUCUGUAGUUAUUUUCCACUUUCUUUUUAACUUUAAAAAAAUCAAAAAUAAAACGAAAUGAAACCAAAGUAAAAUCAAAUUAAAUCGAAAUUAAAAUCAAGUAAGACGCUAUGGGAGCGUGCACUUCGGCGUCGUGGUUGUGAAUUAAGGAAUGAUAUUUUUCCCUACAUACCCUUCCAUACAAAUACCCUUACUUUUCUCCUUUUGCGUAACAGACGUCUUAACUUCUCCACCGGAAGUCUGCUUGGUGCAUGACCGCGUGGCUAUAUACCCAAUUCGAUUAUAAUUUCUGUCAUAAAUAUAUUGCGCACGACGAGAUCUCAGUUCCACUUCCUUUAUUUCCUCUACAACAACACUUUCCUUAAUGUACAGUUAACUCCACGCCUUCUCCAGCAACGUAACUAACUAACAUCAGUACACUCCCGUACAAAACUUGCUGAAAAUGCUCAAUCUCCACACUGAGGAUAAUUCAUUUAUAACAUCGCCAACAUAACAUUUAAAAGUGUAUUGAAAGGCAUAUUUAGCAUUAUUUCGGCCGCUGGAUUUAGAAAAAAAAACACAAACACGGCAGUACAGUUCGCGUGAAAAUUAUUACAUGGUUACUUCGGGCCUUGGUACAGAACUGAAACUUUGAUCUAUCGGCGGGGAAUUUAAUCGGCUAACAAAAUUUCGGUUUUCCACGAAUUCCAAGCUAAAUUUCAGAGGAAAAAGAAGGUUUCGACGGUAAAAAGCCAAACUGAAACGCACUUUGGAGAAACAUAUCGCGCGACAUAACAAGACACAAGCAAACUCGUCUGCGAAGUGAGACGCACUGAAAAUUGCUCUUGUAUCUCGAUUUUCGUUCGUAUUUUGAAGCUACGAGCCCAAAUUGCUUCAAUGUUUUUUGUAAAGUACUUUUGCAGUCAAUAUUUCUAGUCAGAAUAAUAAAUAAGAGCUCGAAGAUAUCUCGAACUAAUUCCGAAGCAACUUCGGGACAUUCGGAAGCAAAUUUGAUAUAUUCGUGAGCGUCGCGAAUCCUUUACUUCGCACUCCUCCGAAGUAACAAGCCGAAAAGUCACGAACUUGCGUGUCCAAUCUUUUCCCGAACCUAGUGCAUCAUUUCAUAGCUAUUUUUCAUGCAAAGACACUGACCACAAAAAUCGUUGACACGCAAUCGGCUAAUCCCUCAACUUAGAGUCUCCUCUGAUCUGACGGGCCGCACCGAUAAGUGGGUUCAAACCCUGGGCAAGCCGAAUAAGCUGAAGAAUAAAUCAAAGAAAUCGAAGUGACUUCGAGAUAUCUCGAACUAAUUCGGCUCUCAUUUCGUCAAAUAGCCGAAUAAAACCAAAUACCUACAGACUUUGCGUGUCCAAUCUUGUCCCAAAAAAAGCAACUUUGGGACAUUCCUGAGCGUCGCGAAUCCUUUAAUUCGCGCUCCGCCGAAGUAAUAAAAUUUUCGACCCAGCCGAGCGCUGCCACUACCAUCAUGUUUAGCGUACAUCACGUAAAUUUUGUAUUGUGUUUACGACGCUUUCUCUCGAAAGCUUCUUGAAGAUGCUCGAAGAUGGCAGAUAACAGGUUUUCAUCGUGGCAGGAAGAUCGCCUUAAAGGGGCGAUGCUGAUGUACGUUAAACAAGGUCUUAAACGCGAAGAAGCGAUCGAUUUUGUGCGAGAAUGGCUUUCCUCAAUAAGCGCUGGAGUAUCCAAACUCUCGACAGACGUUUGCUCCAUUUCGGAGUUUGUAACAAGACCAUAGGGGGUUAUCAGGGUCAAAAUUCAGUUUUCCUGUUUUGCCGUGCUAUUUUGUCGUUUUGUUAUGAUGUUUUGUCAUUCUGUUUUAACAUUUUAUCGUUCUGUUAUUCGGGCCUAAUGUGUAAUUAUGCAAUUCUGUUGCGCUAUUUUCUUGUUUUUUUCCACAGGGGACAAGGAAAUUAAUUUUUUGUUCUCAACAUGUAUUUUAUCUCACAGGAUACAUCAGCUCGAGUUGAAGAUCAUAUUCCAUUACCAGACACAGAGAAAUUCUCCAAUGUACAAAUUAAAUCAGAUGAACAUUUUAGUGUGAUACCAAAGACUUUGGGAACAAGAAGAAAACCCUUUGACGAGGUAUGUACUGAAUAAUCAAUCGACUAUCCGCUUGGAAUCCCCUGAUUACCUAAACAUCUUUACAUGUGUAUUAUCAAAACAUCUUGGUGUCUGGUGAUGGCUACAUUUGUAACAUAUCAAAAGAGCUGUGUGACAAAAUGUAACCAAGUUCGGCCACUAGGACUUUGGCCACCAAAUUAAGCGAAACAUAAGCAUAAUCGUUAUUUAAAACAUUAAAGAAAUGUGUACGACUGUAAGGCACAGGGUUGAGGGAAAUUAAUUGAAAAAAGAUUAAAACGGAUUCCAGCCAAACAGUUUUUCAAAUUUUUUGUCACUAUAGUUUUGAAAGCUGAAAUUGUGUCACGUUUACAAGUACUUUUCUUGGCUAAUGUUAAGUACUUUUGCAAGCAAGAAAGAGUAAAUGGGAAUUUAUCUAGUAAAUAGAAUGAACUAACUGCUGUGCCAUGACACCCAGCUGAGCCCGCGGAGUAAUCAUUCCCUUUGCUUUCCCAUACUGCAAUGGAAAACCGCCAUAUAUGCUCCAGCAGCUAUAUACAUUGUAUGGAGAGGGAAGGGCUGUAUAUCUUGUACUGGUUUUGUGAUAACGACGACUGUAAUGACUUUGUUCAGUUUUUAUUCUUUCUUUCUUUCUUUUUUUUUCCCUCUCUCUUUCUUUUUUUACGUUCUCGUUGUUUCUCUUUAGUCCUGUCUAGUGGUAUUUUUUCACAAGGAUAAUGUCAGGAAAAUUAUAAAGCAACUGUUACAUGAGCAAACACGGGUAAGGCUUUUUAAAGUUUCAACGAAUAUUCUCAGUUCUGAGUAUCGCGGGAUGAUCUUUCUUAAUAAAACCUCGCUGACAAAAGCGUAUGAGUUUGUCAUAGGGUUAAGGUGGCGGGUCUCGGGAAAUAACCGUAAAAUCACCGUAACAACAAAUAAAUGAAGGUGUUCGUUUCGUCAGAAACUGUGCCGCGGCGCUACAUGGGUGGGGAGUAAAACACAAAAAUUACAUGUAGUUUUGUCAACUACGUUGAUCAAAUAUACAGCAUACCUGUUGUCACUGUACCCCAUGGGCCUAAAGAACACCAGCGGUAAGAAAUGGAAACGUCGCGAUCUACAUGUCAAGUGACUAUAUCGUGAGACAAACGAAAUAGUCAUGUAUUAUUUUUGUAUAUUCCAUGAUGAAAACCCAAAAGCUAAAAAUUUCCCUUUUUUUUCAGUACCUCCGAAUACUUUUGAUGUACUUGAGCAACGUAUUUCACUUAUUAGUAAAAUCCAGCUAGUGGUCUAGUGGUGUAUUAAGAAUGCUGCGUUCUGAUUGGUUGAGCUACUUCUAGGCUAUAUGUUAUAGCCUACUUGUACUGAAAAGAGCCGCCUUUUAGGCGGCAAAAAAGCAUUAAAGUCUAGCUUUAACUAGCUAAAGUUGUUUUAUCUCGAUAUUUUUGACCAACUAGUUGGAAUUUACUAAUUAACAAUUAUUCCUCGAGCCCGAAUGUCCUCUGAGUCAAUAGCCCAUUAGGCCUUCGGUCUCUUGGGCUAUUGACUCACAGCCCAUUCGGGCUCGACGAAGAAUUGUUAAAUAUUUACACCUUAAUAUUACGUAAAUUUUUUCGCGUCUUUGCCUUUCCCUAGAGAUCAUGUGUGUUAGUCCAAACAAAAGAAAUAACCAUGAAGCCUGAAGAUGUAUCGAGGAUAUUUCAGUCUGAAGACUACUCGGCUGCAGCCCAACAAGGUAUUUUUUAAUUGUUCCAUUGGAUUUAUACAAAACAUUAGAUUAAACACCAAAGUUACUUUUAACCCUUGUUACACGCUGAUUGAUGUUCUACAUGCGAGGAAAACUUUUUUUUUUAGCGAGAUGGCAGUUGCGUGCGUUGCAGCCCGGCGGCGGUCCCGCCCGGACGCAUUAUAUAGCUAGUAUAGUCACGCAAACUAGAUGGUCGAUGCACGUCCAGAUUAUAUUUCUCGUGUUACCUGUGACUCCGUCUCAAAUUGUUUUUCUUUAAUAACUAUUUCUCUAGGUCCAGCUAUUGGUUUGGAGUUCAACAGCAGUGAUUGUGUACGAAUUACUACGGAAGCUGUUCGAUCGCUUUGCGGGGAUUCACUUUCCACCAUAUAUAUCUCACCCAAUCCAAUGAAAGCAUCACAAGACAUAGAUGCCUUUUAUAACUUUGUCGACAUGUCCAUGACUUAGAUAGCACUCAGACGGAUGGAUCCCCUUAUUUAGUGUUAUGUCCCUUUUUCACUUCGAGCAAUCCCUCAUUUGGCAAAGAGGAUAUACGGAACAAAAGCUCCCAUUGAGAUAGAAAUUAUUUGACUUGUUUUUCUUUCUUAUUUUCUUUUUUGAUAAUGCGAUCCGCCCGAAUUUGGCGGCACAGUCGUAUUUAUCUCUUGGUAGCAUAAUGGUUCAUUUCGAUGGUUACUCCGUUGAAUUUCUGAGUAUACCAUCACAUGGUAACUCUUUUCGAGAAACUUCACCCUGUCUCUCUUUACUCAGUUUUGGGUACUGAGAACUUAGUUCCCUGCGAUGGACUAAUAUUUCCCUCAUUCGUCCGUGUGUGUGUUUGUAUUGAGCGGGAGGUGGGCAGUACCCGCAGAUGCUUUAUGUUUUAACCGCCUUUUGUCAUGCGUCUUUACCUCUUUUAUUCUAUUGCGCCAUUCCCGUAGUAAUAACCUAAAGUACCCCUUAGAUAUUUCUUUGAAGCAGGACAUUCUAGACAAACGGACUUGAUUAAAAUUUUUAGGCCAAAUGUUGACUCUACCAUGCGGCGACCAGAGCCACCAACACACGGUUUAAAACUGAUUUGUUGGUGAAAUCGACAAAUGUUGUACCAUUUUUUCAGCGAAUGUUGAAACUUAGUAUCACCACUGAAAAUAGGCCAUUCAACGUGUAGAACUUGGUUUGGAACAAGAAUGGAGAUGGGCUCUAUUUCGUUCAUCAAGUUGCAGCCAUAUUAGCAACCAAAGCUACAUUUCAACCGUAUAACCCUGAGUCAACGCCGGUUUAAUGAGAAAACAUGGACUUGGAUUUCGUUCCUAUAGAUAGAAGGUUGUUGACAUGACUGAAGUUACAAUUUAAAAUGUGAAGUUUUAAAAAGGUGAAUUUUUUUUAUUUAUUCAUAUGAAAAUAUUUUGCAAGUAUAACAAGUAGAAGUAUAAAUUACAGGUUUUUCGUUUGGGUUUUUCUUGGCAGCAGUAUAGCCUUAGCUCUUCGAGUUUCUUUGGAGAAAUCACUGCUCACAGGAUAUUUUCUCUUAUGAUUAGUAUUAGUGUUAAUCGUAGCUUAUAAUUUGUUUAGUAUUAGUUUAUAAUGCUAAGUUUUGUUGCUAUAAACUGUUAAUUUAAAAAUGGAUCAAGGAACUUAAUAAUUUAUUACCUUAUUUUGUACUCGGGAACAGCCAUAUUAUGUAGUAUCUUCACGUCUUAGUUAUAAUAAUUUCCGCCAUAAAAGAGCUAUAUUUUGUAAAUUAGUAUUCUCAAAUAUCGAAACUUUGUAAUGCGGUUGGCUAUAGUAUCCAUAACUGAUGGUAAGUAGCAAUUAUUUCUGCUUUCGUUUGUGUUUUUGUCGGUAUCUCUUUAGUACCCGUCAAAAAUAUAUUUAAAAAUAUUUCUUUGUUCAGUCCUCAUAGUGUCCAGGGAGGC